AUUAAUGUGUACUUAAAUGUUGUCCUGUAAAUUAUUUCUUACUGAUACAGGUCUGGACUGUGGUCUUCCUCCUGAACUAGAGAAUGGAAGAAUGUCAAACCUGUCCAUCACAACAACGUACAAUUCUACUGUUACUUACGAGUGCAAAGACGGUUAUUACUUUCACAACAAUGACACGUCACGAACUUGUCUUUCCAGUGGAAACUGGUCGGACGAAAACAUCUUAUGUAAAGAAGACAGUAUCUGUGAAGGGAUUUUCUGUCCGUUUGGUGCUGGUGUUCUGACUGCCAUAUUCAUCAGUGCUGCAGUUAUUCUGGUACUGUUGUGUUUAGCAGGCGGCUGUGUGGUGAGACAGAGGCUGAGGAAAUCAAAACGCUCUAGUAAUAUUUCUGACAGAAAGGCAAACACAUUGGAGUUACGUGCUCUUCCAGAAGUACAAGGGUCAUCCCUAUCAUCAGUCCCGACACUAAAGGAAGAGCUCAGCACAAAGAGAAUGCUUUUCGAAAGUAGUCAACUACAACUAACCAAAGUUGUCGGUCAAGGUGUAAGAAUCAAGAAAAUCAAUGUGGCAGUUGCAUACAUAUUGAUCACAAUGCAGGAGAGUCAGGCCUGGUAUACCGAGGAUACAUCAGAGAAAACGAGGGCAACAUGCUAGUUGCCAUAAAAACUGGCAAAGCUUUAGUUGCGGUGACUGACAGGGAGAGGCUACUGAAGGAAGUUUCGCUCAUGCUCACUUUCAGCCACCCCAAUGUCAUGCCACUAAUUGGACUCUCAUUUGAUGAAGAGACGCCCCUGAUCAUUAUGCCAUUCAUGUCAAAUGGUACUGUUCUGAGCUAUGUCAGAGACAACAGAAAGAGCCUGUAUUUCCUGGAGUCAUCUGACAACAUCCAAGUUGAAGCUGCCAAGAAGACCUGCCUAGGAAUAUGCUACCAGAUAUCGAAUGGGAUGGCUUAUCUUGCUAACUACAGGCUUGUUCAUCGCGACUUGGCUGCCAGGAAUUGCAUGAUUGACGAAAAAGGCAUCAUUAAAGUAGCUGAUUUCGGACUGACAGAAGAUAUGUACAGCACCAUAUACUACCGCCAAGAGAAAAGACAGACUGGAACUGAGGAGAAGGUCCCUAUCAAGUGGAUGGCUCUCGAGAGUAUUGAAACACACGUUUUUGAUGAGAGCACUGAUGUGUGGUCAUUUGGAGUGACGUGUUGGGAGGUGUUCACAUGUGGAGGAGUGCCGUAUGCUGGGGUCCCAGUCACCACUCUACUGAGAGAGCUCCGCUCUGGACACAGACUCGAUCGACCCAGCAACAUCUCCUGCUCUGAUGACAUAUGGUCAGUUGUGACCUCAUGCUGGUCGGCCAGUCCUCAGGAGAGACCAAAGUUUUCCACACUGGUCAACACCCUCACUGACCUCCUGGACAGUGACUCCAACUACAUCAAACUACUGGGAUAGACAUUGAUGUUUACUUUAUACAUGUGACCACCAGUUCCCAAUUAGACUUCAAUAAAUUAUGAUAGUUACUUUAUAAUAUAUGCAUAAAGUUCUGUAAAUUCUGUG